UUUUUAUUAUCCAAUAUAAUACUUGCGUACGUGUAACGCAAUUACAGCAAACGUCACUUCCACUGUGACGUCAUUUCACGUCGUUGCUAGUGCAUUGAACAACACAUACACCAACUGCACAAAUAUGGGGAAGUCAGGAUGUUUACCGCCCGGCAGCUACCGGUGGUUCGUGCAAUUUAAGAAGUCGAUGAAUGCCAGGAUGGCGAAAUUCAAAAAUGACUUCAAGCGGAAGUUUUUUCGUGACAACAAGCAUCUGGGAAACCUGCGUGCCGACCAACUUCACAAUGAGACUGGAACCCGAGAUAUGGAAAUCACGAAACAGAUGUCCAAGCCUGCAGCGGACAGUAAUGUCCCUAAAAAGAAGGUCGUCAAGAAAUCAACUAAUGGUUAUCAACCCUCCUUGUAUGUUGAAGAAGCAAGUCCCGAGAUUCAACGGACUCAAGUUGUAAAGAAUUCAAACAACGAAAACAACCGGAACUCUUCGCCAAAUUGUCGCGAUUCAAGCCAGGUCACAAUCAAAGCCGUUGUUCACGAACCCACUCCAACCCGUUCCAAGGAAGAAGAACUAGAUGAAUUCGUGACUACAGUCAUCCGCAACUCUGUGGCACAUCUGAUCAAGGAAGCCAGCGUUACGUACCUAAUGAAAGAGUCAGCGGAGAACUUACUGAAGAGAAACGACAGCAAUGUGGAAACAACCGGCAAACACGUUAUCAAGGAUACCGACACCACCAACCAACACGUUGUCAUUGAAACCGACACCACCAACCAACACGUUGUCAUUGAUACCGACACCACCAACGAAUGCGUGAUCAUUGUUACCGACACCACCAACGAACGCGUUGUCAUUGAGACCGACACCACCAACGAAUGCGUGAUCAUUGUUACCGACACCACAAACGAACAUGUUGUCAUUGAUACCGACACCACCAACGAAAAGGUUGUCAUUGAUACCGACACCACCAAGGAACAGGUUGUCAUUGAUACCGACACCACCAAUGAGCGCGUGGUCAUUGAUACCGACACCACCAACGAACACGUGGUCAUUGAUACCGACACCAACAACGAAUGCGUGAUCAUUGAUACCGACACUACCAACGAACAGGUUGUGAUUGAUACCGACACCACCAACGAACGCGUGGUCGUUGAUACCGACAACACCAACGAACGCGUUGUUAUUGAUACCGACACCGCCAACGAACACGUGGUAAUUGAUACCGAAACCACCCACGAGCGCGUUGUCAUUGACACAGACAACACCAACGAACGCGUUGUCAUUGAUACCGACAUCAUCAAAGAAUCCAACGCCAUGAACGUCAUCAAGGCGUCAUCCGAUAUCGUCCUGAAGGAACAGGGCGACAAUUUCGACAUCAGCUACGAACAGGUUGUCAAGGAAACCGACAACGUUUCCGUAUCUUCAAGCCUGUUAAGCGCUUUUGCCGAGAGCGCAGUGAAGGCUAGUCUGUUUGAGAUGGAUGUCGUUGACAACGUUAACCACUCCGCGAUGGUCCCAACGUCCGCCGUCAAGGCUCGCAGAUCACCAAAGACAGUGAAGGAAUUCUAAGAGAUGAUUGGAGUACCUGAUUGCCGGGACAGCUCCAGCCUUCACCUUCCCGACGUCGACAUUUAGACAUUUAAAUUAAGCCCCAGUCUCAUAUAAGCACGGUUGACUACGGCAGUUCCGGACCAUCACGAAUACACCCGGAUCUAGAUCCGGGACGAUCCGUGGACUGGUUGGUUUCUAAGCGUAAAAGGUUUUACCAAGAUCAUAACGUCGGUGACAACACGGCACCUAACCGGCCACACGUACAAACACGGACAUACCGGCAGCAUUACGCAAACAACACGGAACACUCAGAACUACACGGCAGAGACACUUACCAUCAGGUUGGUUUUCGGUGAAUCCAUUAUUUUACAAUCAGAUCUCGAAUGUGUAUCCUCGAAACUUUUCAUUUUUAUGUGACUCUUAAUUGCAUAAUAUGUUCAGUUUCUUAUUAUCACACAGCAUAAAAUCUUGCACAUAUAAGUAUCAUAUCAUGUCUUAAAUUUUGGACAUAGACCUGGCUUCUAAGCUGAAGUAGGCCCGACGAUAUUCACGUUGAUUAUUUGUUUCCGUUUUGAUUGCGUUCAAAGAUAUCCGAAAACACAUCUAUGAGCGUGUUUUCGUUUUGUCAUUGUCCUGGUUUGAUGUUGUGAUAAUUGUCCAACUCGUCAACAGCACUCGCAUUUUUAUGGCCAUAGCGAAAUGAAGAUAUCAGGAUCAGGCAAACAGGCACACCAUUUCAUUGAUGAUGGUUUUAUGCUCUUGAACACUUGAAAACCACGGGCUGAAUUAUCGCUGCCUACUUCAACCCAAAUGAAUCUAUAGCAGGUGUGAUUUUGGAUUACGGAAGGCUAACCCUUGUAGUUGUAGUGCAAGGAUCAAUCACGCUGAGGACAUUGUAUGUCGAUUUGCUUCCCGACCAAAACACAAGCACAGUUGUGUAGCUGGUAAGGGUCGUCGAACUGCUUGGCGAUGUUCUCCCAUUCAUGUUUUCAGGACAGCGAAGGUGUUUAUCAACAAACUCUAUCAGUAUCACAUCGCAGACCUGAUGAUAAUCUUGGAGUUGGUGCAGUGUACGAAGCCAUACAUCAGAUAGUGGUUAUUGUCCCCUAAUACUAGGUACCGCAAUGUUAUUGCCAACUUAAUUCCAACUGACAGAUGCUUCUCUUGGUUGGCUGCUUUGGCUUGGAUCGGUCUCAAUUUCGCGUCAGAAUCUCUUGGUUUGUCUAAUAGCCCAUGGAGGAAACCAAAAAAGCCAUUGACGUCUUUUGUAUUCGGUUCCUUCAACAGCUGAGAGUAUUGAUCUAGGACUAUUGUUUUGGUAGGCCAUUUUCUGACCUAGAAGUCCAGACCUUGGUCAAUACGCUCCGUUGAUGGAAAACAUAAGGAAGAAGACGCCAAUGGCUUCUUUAAUUUCCUGCGCAUGGGCAAUCAGACAUACCAAGACAUUCUGAUACGCAUUGGAGACAGAAUCAAGCUGAAGAAGUCCAAGCUACGAAAAAGCAUCUGUCAGUUGGAAUUAAGUUGGCAAUAACAUUGCGGUACCUAGCAUUUGGGGACACCACUCUCUGAUGUAUGGCUUCGCACACAACACCAACUCCAAGACCAUCAUCCGGUCUGCGAUGCGAUACUUAAAGAGUGUAUUGAUGAACUAAUUCGCUGUACCAAAAACAUGAAUGAGAGAACAUCGCCAAGCAGUUCGGCGACCCUUAGCAGCUGCACAACUGUGCUUGCGCUGUGAUAGGUUAGCACACCUGCAAACAGUGUCCUCAGCGUGAUUUUCCCUUGCAAUACAACUACAAUGGUUACCAUUCUAUAAUACAUAUGACCUUUGUCAAUACCUGCUACAUAUCCAUUUGCGUUGAAGUAGGCAGCAAUAGAUCAGCCUGUCAUGCUCAAGUGUUCAACAACAGUGAACUGAAGGCAACCAUCGACAUAGGCGUGUUGUUUCUACAUGAUCCUUAAUAUUUACCUAACGACGACGCAUCAAUGCCGUUCUACUUUUCAGCAGAUGAAACUCUGUGUCCUGGCAGGACGACAUGAUGUGAACAUUGUGAUUGAACAAAAUAGUCUAUGAACAUGUCAUUUUAUUGUAAUUUAGGUAUAAUUGUGAACAAUAGUAUGCGGACUAAUAUUUUACGAAAUUUAAGGAGGAAACAUCAUUUGAUAAUAGCAUUUGACUAUUAUGCUCUGUGUGAUAAUAAUAAAAAUGAAAAUGUUAUGUCAUAUGUCAUAAGUGUCAUAUCGAUUUAAAACAUUUCAAUGUAAAAAGUAGCAUUCCAUAUUAAGCGUUAGAGAUCUGCAGACUGAUGGAAUCAUCGGAAAUCAACUUAAUUUUAUUAAAGUUAUUAUCUCGCCGGGGCAGACGUGAUUGUUCCGUAUCGCUGCCAUGUUUGUCCGCGUCAUUGUCGUAAAAGUCCGGGAUGGUCCGUGAAGAUUCCGUGUUUACCCGUGGCACUACGUGUCUAUGCAGUGUUGGUCCGAAAUAGAACGUACCACUGCCGGGACAGUCCGUGUUGCCGCUGUGUUUGUUAGGUGAAGCUUCUGUGUAGGUACGGACUGGUCAUUGUGGAUCCGGUGUUGUCACCGGGUUGAACGUCUUUGGAAGACCGUAGACGCUUAAAGAGCUAAAAAAAGUCAUCGGAUUUUAAUGGAUCAAUAACCGGGCGAUCAGGGACGAUCUGGGACAGCCUUAGUCAUCUGUGUGUAUUUGGGACAAGGCUUAUAUGGGCUUUACAAAUUUAUUUAAAAAAAAUAAUUUUAAUUUAACUUUUUGAAUCUUAAUUAAUAAAAAAAUAAA